AUGGCCAAGAGCAGCUGCAAUGCCCCAGUUGCUCGCUGGAACAGCUGGAAGGACUUUGUGAAGGAGCCCAGCUUCCUGGGGCCUAUCCACAGCUCUGUCCUGCGUGGGACUCAGUCACAUGAAAACGUGAGCGAUGGAGCCCUGCGAGGUGGAGAGAUCUGGGUGAAGGCUGCUGACUGGCUCCCAGUCCCGGACACCUCACCUCACCUGCCGACAUGUCUGAAGGGCUCUCUCGCAAGACCAUGUUCCAUAUCUUCCACACCCAGACGUGUCCCGGUGACGUUUGACGAUGUUGCCAUCUAUUUCUCUGAGGAGGAGUGGGAGAUUUUGGCAGAAUGGCAGAAGGAGCUUUACAAGGAGGUGAUGAAGGAGAACCUGGAGACUGUGCUUUCUCUAGGAUUCCAGAUCCCCAGGCCAGGUGUCGUGUCCCUGAUGGAGCGAGGAGGUGAGGCAUGUGUCCAGUAUCCCAGAGACCCUGCACCUAAGACCCACUUUGAGGGGCUUCAGCAGGAGCCCCAGCAGGUGAACCCUGUCUCUCAAAUGUCUGAAGAUUGUCGUCUGCGGCUCGGAGGGCCAGCCCUGACCAAGAAGCGGACCCCUUCAAUCGGGCUGCUGAGCAGCCGCAGCAGCCUAGAGAAGCCCCCUCUCUACCCAACUGUGAUGCACGUUUCCAGUGGGGCCGUAGCAGCUGCACAUCGCCCGAGAGCUGAGCAGGAGGCGAGGCCGUUGCAGGGCCCCCACUGCGUGAAGAGCUUCACCGCCCAGAGGCUCACCGAGCACCUGAGGAUGCACUCGGGUGACAGGCCCUUCAAGUGCCUGGACUGUGGCAAGACCUUCGGCAAGCACUCGGUCUUCGUGGUGCACUGCCACAACCACACAGGCGAGCACCCCUUCCCAUGCCCGGCCUGUGAGAAGCGCUUCAGCCACUUCUCCCACUUGACGGUGCACCAGCGCAUGCACAUCGGCGAGCGGCCCUACGCCUGUGCCGAGUGCCAGCGACACUUCAGCCACCGCUCCCACCUCAUCGUGCACCAGCGCACGCACACCGGCGAGCGGCCCUACGCCUGCGCCAAGUGCCAGCGAUGCUUCAGCCACCGCUCCCAUCUCAUCGUGCACCAGCGCACGCACACCGGCGAGCGGCCCUACGCCUGCGCCGAGUGCCAGCGACGCUUCAGCCACCGCUCCCAUCUCAUCGUGCACCAGCACACGCACGGCGAGCGGCCCUACGCCUGCGCCGAGUGCCAGCGACGCUUCAGCCACCGCUCCCACCUCAUCGUGCACCAGCGCACGCACACCGGCGAGCGGCCCUACGCCUGCGCCGAGUGCCAGCGACGCUUCAGCCACCGCUCCCAUCUCAUCGUGCACCAGCGCACGCACACCGGCGAGCGGCCCUACGCCUGCGCCGAGUGCCAGCGACGCUUCAGCCACCGCUCCCAUCUCAUCGUGCACCAGCGCACGCACACCGGCGAGCGGCCCUACGCCUGCGCCGAGUGCCAGCGACGCUUCAGCCACCGCUCCCACCUCAUCGUGCACCAGCGCACGCACACCGGCGAGCGGCCCUACGCCUGCGCCAAGUGCCAGCGAUGCUUCAGCCACCGCUCCCAUCUCAUCGUGCACCAGCGCACGCACACCGGCGAGCGGCCCUACGCCUGCGCCGAGUGCCAGCGACGCUUCAGCCACCGCUCCCUUCUCAUCGUGCACCAGCGCACGCACACCGGCGAGCGGCCCUACGCCUGCGCCGAGUGCCAGCGAUGCUUCAGCCACCGCUCUCAUCUCAUCGUGCACCAGCGCAUGCAGGAGAAGCUGUACCGCUGCACCUAG